AUGCCUAGAAUUGUACUGGUUCAUUUAUUCCAUAUAAUUCAUGAUCAAACUGUGCUGUUUAAAAUUCAUGUUCGUUAUAAGCAUCGUACAAAUAUUUUUAAAGGUGUAUUUAGUACUAAAGAUUGGUUAUUUCUGUUUUUAGACACGUUGGUGCAAUCUGUAAACCUAAUAGUUUAUGGACAGUCAAAAGUCCAAGAAAAAACGCAAAGCCUACUACCGAAAAUGUGCUCAUGGUUCAAAAAAGUCACGUUCAGAUGA